AUGUCCUACCAAUACCCCGAGCAAGCACGGAACAUCGAUCGCUCCCUGCCGACCGAAAAUGACUGGCGGCAUUAUUGGGGUGGAUUAUUGCGACCCGCGGACAAACUGGACAUCGACGAUUGUUGGACUUGUUUUGCUAACGAGCUUUUCGAUGUAGUCACUACGGCGGCCACCCUCAAGGCCCAGGCUAUGGUCCCCCUCCCCCUGGCCCCGGCGGCUACCCUCAAGGCCCAGGCUAUGGUCCUCCUCCCCCCGGCCCCGGAUACCAAGGACAACCGCAAUACUACCAGCAGCAGCCGCAAUAUCCUCCUCAACAGGAUGCAAUACCCACAACAGGCCCCGCCUCCUCAGCAACAGCAGAAGUCUGGUGGUGGCUGCCUCAGCGCCUGUUUGGCUACUCUGUGUUGUUGCUUCGUUUGUGAGGAGGGCUGCGAGUGCUGCGCCGAUUGUGUCGAGUGCUGUGAGAUGUGCUAA